GACGCUUGUUGAAAAUCGUUUUAUGAAAAUUAUGUUGAUGUGCAAGCGUCUAUUAUUGCACAUGGCGCAUGAUCAAACAAAAUGGCUGACACCACCGGACAUGCUAAAAUUCCCACCAUUACCUGGGCACAAAGAAAUGAUGUUGUUUAUCUGACCAUAUGCCUAGAAGACUGCAAGGACCCAGCCAUCACACUCACAGAUGAUAAACUUGUAUUCAGUGGGAAAGGUGGCACCAAUAAGGAGCUGUAUGAAAUCACAGUUUUGUUUUACAAAGAAGUGAAUCCACAGGAAUCAAAAUACGGAGUCCAAGCCAGAAAUGUUCAGUUUGUGAUCAGAAAGAAGGAAACUGGGCCAUAUUGGCCACAGUUGUUAAAAAAUGAAAAGAAGGCAUUCUGGUUGAAAACAGACUUUAACAAAUGGAAGGAUGAGGAUGAGUCCGAUGAUGAAGUGGACAAAAAUAUGGAUCUAGCUGAGAUGAUGCAGAAUAUGGGUGGUAUGGGAGGCAUGGGCGGCAUGGGUGGCAUGGGCGGCAUGGGUGGAGCAGGUCCAGGGCUAAAUAUGCCACCUGAUGAAGAAGAGGACAGUGAUGAUGAAGAUUUACCAGACUUAGAAUGAUUUCCAUCUAAUUCAUUGCCAUAACAACCAUGUGAUCAUACAAGCACCUGCAGGGGCGCAUGAACAUUGCUUAGCAACACCACUCUGUUUCCAUGGAUUCUGUUGCUGUAGACAACUGUGCUGCAAACUAUUAACUAUGCUAAGGAACUCAUGAUUAUAAUGCCUAUGAAGGUGGACCACUUGGAAUGCAGAUUGUUUUUGGCCAUUUUUGUGAUGUUUUAUAUUCCUUUAUGUAUUUAUGUGUUUUUGAGAGAAAAAUAUUAGUCAAUGAUGAAUGAUUACGCAACUUGGUACACAAAACUGAUGAAAACGUAAGUAAGCAAUAAAAUAAAUUCAUUUGCAGCGGAAUUUUACAAGUUAUUAACAAACAAUACUUGAUACUAUUGUGAUAGUGCUUGUAUGAUUAUAAACGCAAACAUAACCUUCUUUUUAAUCGCACAGUUCUGUAAAUAAGUUUUAAUAUCAAAUGUAAAAAAAGAAAUUAAGAAAAAGGAAGCAUAAUUAGCCUGGAAAAGGUCUUGCAAGUAUUCUAUGUUGGAAAUAGAGAGAUCAAACAUUUGCUGUGUGCUUGUUUCCCAUAACCAUUUCAAUUUUGGUAACUCAAUAUUCAUCUUCCCAUUGUGUCCGUAUCUGUUCCAUGUGUAAAUGUACAUGAAAACUCUGCUGUGAUAUGCAGUAGAUUGGUAUGAAAAUAAAACGUUAGUGAAUUUU